AUGAAAUUUGGUGUUAAUUUACAACACCUAUCUAUACCAGAAUGGAAAAACUACAACAUCGACUACAAUGAUUUGAAAUACAAAAUUAAACAAAUUACCAAACAAAACUCAGGGGACUUAUCGCUGCUACGACAAGCGUUUAUUGACAAUAUUGACUAUGUGAAUCUAUUCAUUUUUACAAAAUAUGGUGAGUUGAAUAGGAAAUUUGAGUAUCUAGACUCAAAAUUCACCAGAUCAAGGAGAAGAAAAACAAACAGUGGCGGGGAAAAGAACAAGGAUAAGAAUAAUGAUAUACUUGGUGAGAAGAGCGAGGAUAUGGAUACAAACCAUUUACUUAUUGAACUCGAUGAGCUCCUCUACCAAUCAAUAGAGUUAUCUAUAAUUCUCAGAGACUUAUCCAAAUUCAUCUUGAUUCAAAAAAUUGCAUUAAAGAAGAUUUUUAAGAAACUCUUAAAGUACUACCAGCAUAAACAACAAGCUUCUAAAUUUAUACUUGAUUUGAAAACUUAUCUAGUGGAUAAUCCGCAAUCAUUUAUAAAUUUCGAUUUGAAUCAGUUAACCUUAAAACUAACCAACUUUACCAGUUUGAUCAAAUAUGAACAGCAAAAUAUCAUACAGGGCUUUUCCAAUCACGAUAAAUUAGGAAGAAAAAGCUCAUUCUUCAGUUUAGCAUCAACUACUAAUUCCUUUUCAGACCAUUAUCAAAACUCAAUAAUACUACCACAACCACAACCACAAUCACAGAAACAACUACAACUACAACUACAACUACAACCACAAAAACAAUGCGAGCCAGCACAAGGCUCGAGUAUUCCCUCGGCAAUAAAUGUUCAACAGAUACCUACAACACCAGAGACACAUUUUGAUUUAGUCAUCAUGCUAAAGAGAAAUUUCCUGUGCCACUGCUUAAUACCAAAUGAAACAACUAAUGACAUCCUCCUUAAUUUCAAUAUAUACUUGAAUUUAAAGAGUUUGAAUGAUGAUUUUAUGUCGGUGAUAUUUUUGAAUAAAAACUUGCUUCAAAGCCCAGCAAUGAUUAUCACCAGCUCAACAAACUCAUGUUCGAUGAUCGUUGCCCCAAUUGGUGGAUUACGAAAACAUUCAUAUUGUAUUUUACCAAAUCAUAUUGUACAAACUUUCCUCGAUCAUUUACAAAAUAGAACUAAUGAAGAGUACAGACUGCAAUUGAGCAAGUAUUUUGAAAACGCAAGUUUAUUAACUAAAAAGACUAUUGACUAUAUAGUAUCAAAUGACUACUUACCAAACUCAAGAGUGUUUUUUAAGAGAAUCAGGUAUAGAAUUGAGGCUGAAGAGGAAGAGGAAAGAGAAGCCGAGCAAGAGCAAGAGCAAGAGCAGCAGCAGCACGGGGAGGACCCCAGUUCCAAUAACUAUUAUCUUUCGUUGGAGACUGAUAUAUCAACAACAAAUAGAUCAAAGUAUAUAAAUACCAUACAAUUCCCUAGUGACUUCAGUGAUAUGGAUUACUUCCCCCAUAACCAUUUAGGUAUUUACUCAAACAAUUUGAAUCUUUUUGAAUUUGAAAAUAGUUUAUUCACAGAAGUGGAUUUGAAAACCGGUCUUGUUGAGAAUAAAUAUUCGUUGACAUAUUUGAAAAGAUUCCCCAAAAAAUUGCAAUUUAUCAUCACAAAUAAUAGUGUUUUUCCAUAUAAAAAAUUUGAUAUUUACCAGUACCAAUUAUCUUGUUAUUACAACAUUGUUCCUGAUACAGAAUUGAUUAACAAUCACUAUACAAAUUUACUAAACUUGAAUUUGUUGAAAAACUUUGAAGAUGUCGAAUCUACUCAUCAACAAGUAAAUGAGGAGAAUGCUAUUAUACAGCAAAAGACAAACAAUAUUAUGAAACACAAGAAGUCGAUCCAAUCGUUGACACAGUUUGAAGAGGAGGAGCUACAGCGACAACAACAACAACAACAACAGCAGCAGCAGCAGCAGCAGCAACGGCAGCAGCAGCAGCAACGGCAAUUGCAAUGGCAACGGCAACGGCAACGGCAACAGCAACAGCAGCAACAAUCACCACCACCACCACCAUCACCACCACAUCAGAACUCAUAUAGCUCAAGUAUUUUGGAAGGAAUCCGUGAGCAGGGAUUAUUGAGUGUAUCCCCAGAUUCAUCAGAAAACAACCAUGUUAAUAAGUUUAUGUUAUCGGUACUUAAUUUUAAGAAUAAAAUUUUCAACAAUCACCAUCCGCAUGAUCUUCGCCAGGAGAAAUUAAAAUAUUGUGAAAAUCCAUUUUACCAUGAAGACGAACUAGACUCAUACACGAAGUUGCUUUCAAUUUAUCAAAAUGAUAAUGUUGUCCCAGUAUGUUCUGGCUAUGAUUCUAUUAACGAAGAGCCAAUGUCAUACUUUCAAAGAAACGAAUAUCAAGAUAAAUAUAAACUUGAUUAUGAUCAUGCGCUAUCCUAUGUUUAUUUUGCAGUGACUUCAAUUUCAUUGUUUUUAUCUGGAAUUCAACUGGGAAUCAUUUAUUCAAUAUUCAACUCUUCGCUAGACGAUGGUACGGGUGAAGAUGUCCGAUUUCUAAUCUGGGAUAAUUUAGGAUUGGUUAUGUGUUUAAUUUUUGGAAUGAUUGUUUCACUUUUAUUCAAUUUGAUUGGCAUUAACCUAUUAUUUUAUCGAUUUUCCCAGCCUUCCAAUUUCCAUAACGUAAUUGUUUGGGGUGGAUUUGUUAUUACCUGUUUGUCAUGUCUAUGGAGUUGUUGGUUAUUAAUUAGCUCUAAUUAG